UUAAAAAUGACGACGUAAAUAAAAACAUGAUGAUAAUAAUUAAAUAAUGACAGAGUACUGAGUACAUAGUCUGUUAUUUCAUGCACACACGAAAAUAAAUAAAUAUCAUUUAAAAAACAAUAAAAUACAGUAAAAAUUUGUUGAUUAAUAAUUGAGUGUCCAACAAAUUUAGACUAGUCAUCUUGAGAAAAUUUUUUAAAACAUUAACAAAAACAAGCAAGGUUAAAGUUUUUGAGAGAUAAAAUUCAUCAUCAUCAAUAAAUAUAUAAAUAAAUAUAUAUAAAAAAAAAAAAUGGCAAGUAUAAAUGACAAUUUGCCAAUGCCAAAAGAAUUAAUGCCUGAAGCUUGGUUUAUUGAUGAACGAAUGAAUUCAAUGUUUGCUGAAUUUCGUAAUCGUUCAGUAAAUCCACAAGAUUGGGAUUCAAAAUGUAAAUUUUGGGAAGGUAUUAUAACAUCUUGGUUGAGUUAUAAAAAACAAUGUACAUUUGAUAUCAUUCAAUUGUCAACAACAUUUAAAAGAAAAGGAAGAACUCCACUUUGUUUAUCAACAGUUGUUGAAGAACUUUACAAAAAAGGAGAAAUAACAAGUGAACAAGAAUUUUUAAAUGAUAAUACAAGUUGGACAUCUUGGGCAAUAAAUACAAUGGUUAAAAAACCAGUUGUAUGGUCAUUUUUUAAAAUGAAAGAUUAUUUAUUACCACAAAAAACAAUAACAUCAUCAGAAACAAAAUACAUUCAUUUUAAAACACUUCAAGAAAUUUCUGAUUUAAUAUUAAAUUUAUCUGUUGAUAAAGAUUUAAUUCUUUCAGUUGCACAAAUAACUAAAAAAUGUUGUGAUAAAUAUAAUAAUAAAAAUAUAACUGAAGAAAAUAUUAGAAUGGCAUUAUUGUGGUUGUCAAAGCUUAAAAAAGGUCCAAUUAUUCAGCCAAAUAUGGAAAAACAUGAUUUAUUAUUAAAGGUAUCAUCAACACGUGUUGAUAAUUUAACAGAAGGUGAUGAGAGUUUAUUUAAAUUGAAGGAAAGUGAAAGGUUACUUCUUGAAAAAAUUGAAAAAUUAGAAAUUGAAAAGAAUGACUUGUUGAUUAAGGCUAAAUUGUCAAUGGACAAUGGUCUCAAAGAAAUUGCCAAGACUCAUCUGAGAAAAAAACGUGAAUUUGAUAAAAGAAUUGAGAGACAAGCUGCAACACUUCAAAAUCUUCAAACUUUAAUAUCAAAUAUUCAUGAUGCACACUCGAAUACUGAUGUUCUUGCUGCAUACAAAAGGGGAUCUGAUUUAUUAAAAGGCUUUGAAAAAUCAGGUCUCAAUGAAUUUAAUGCUCGUGAUGCAAUUGAUGACAUGACUGAGGCUGUCAAUGAAUAUCGUGAGAUUCAAUCGGUAUUAUCAGAAACAAUUAAAGCAAAUGAUUCUGAUUCUGAACUUGAACAAGAACUUGAAGAUAUUCUUAAUUCAAGUGUUAAAGAUACAUCAUUACCAGCUGUUCCUGAUACAAGUCUACCAGAUUUAGAAAAAGAACUUGAAGCUUUAAAUAUGAAAGGUGUUAAUUUUGUAGAUAAAAAUACUCCAAAAAAAAUUGAAAAAACAACAAAUUUUUUUUAGAGUGAGCUAAUAAUUUAUUUUUCUCUAUCUAAAAUUUUAAUAACACAAUUUAUGAUUUUUAUAUGUAAAAAAUAAAUAUGAAAAAUAAAUUAUUAAUGUUUUUAUUUUUAAA